AUCAGUGCUGUCAAAACUGCUGCGUUCCAAACGGAAUAAAUCUCUCUCAGAUGGGCACUUCAAAGGGAGAACAAUCAUAUUAGCCAUACUGUAAGAUCGCUUCAAACAGUAUGACAACAGGUAAAUCCUGUAAAGACGGUAAUUUUGAGCCCCACAGCUUUCAGCCCUACAAAGCUCUCAAAGUGGAAAGUAAUGUGUUCGAAGGAAAUAGGGGACAGGGCAGCUCUCACUCACUCAGUGGGCGUUAACCAAACGGCAUUUUUGCGCCCCUUCAAGUGCACUUCGGGAAGUGGAAGUGGACGCCAGCCACUCGAAGAGUCGCUCCAAACAAAAGUCAGAAAGUUUAUUUUUUUCCACAAAGGGUCCUUUUACUAGACUUUAAGUGAAGGAUACAUUCAAACUGUUAUGCCAUGGUAUGAGCCUACAUCAAGAGCUUUGUCGUUUGUAGUAAGCAGGGCAUAGGGAUUAUCUCUUUCGAUCGGAAUCACACACCCACACUGAGGCCAGGCUAAAGUUUAAGACACGCUUGAAUCAAAACGGACUCUAUUGAACACCAGAUGAACACAACAUACAACACAUGUGAAGCGCCUCGCACUGCAGAAAUCGAUCCGAGGAUACGCGCGUCUACUAAUCUAAACCAGUUUAACUACCUGUACACGCGAGGAGAAACGUGGUUAUGGCGCAGGAGUGUGUGAUGAAGUAUGAGCCAGUGGCAGAGAUCGGAGGUGGUGCGUACGGUACGGUCUAUAAAGCUCGUGAUAAAGACAGUGGACAGUUUGUGGCUUUGAAGAGCGUGAGAGUGCAGACCAAUCAGGAUGGACUUCCUCUGUCUACGGUCCGAGAGGUCGCCCUGCUCAGACGGCUUGAGCAGUUUGACCACCCUAACAUUGUCAGACUCAUGGAUGUUUGUGCUACUCUGAGGACAGACCAGGAAACGAAAGUGACUCUUGUGUUUGAACAUGUGGAUCAGGAUCUCAGGACAUAUCUGGAGAAAGCACCUGCUCCUGGACUGCCUAACAAUAUGAUCAGAGACUUGAUGAAGCAGUUGUUGUGUGGUUUGGCAUUCCUGCAUUCAAACAGAGUUCUCCAUCGGGAUCUGAAGCCAGAAAACAUCCUGGUUACUAGCAGAGGGCAGGUGAAGCUGGCAGACUUUGGGUUGGCACGAAUCUACAGCUUUCAUAUGGUGCUCACACCUGUGGUUGUGACAUUGUGGUACCGUUCACCUGAGGUUCUGCUCCAGACCACCUAUGCCACACCUUUAGACAUCUGGAGCACUGGGUGCAUCUUUGCUGAGAUGUUUCGACGCAAGCCACUCUUCUGUGGAGAAUCAGAGAUGGAUCAGCUGGGGAAGAUUUUUGCUGUGAUUGGCCUGCCGUCUGAAGAGGAGUGGCCUACUGAUGCUACUGUGUUUCGUCAGAGCUUCAGCCCACAAAACCCUCAGCCAAUCACAGACUAUGUUCCAUCGAUCAGUAAGAAGGGGGCAGAGCUCUUACUGGAAAUGCUGACCUUUAACCAGUUGACAAGAAUCUCUGCAUUGAAUGCUUUGGAGCAUCCAUUCUUUACUGAAUGACUGAAUCAUCAGCAGAAAUAUUAGUUAUCUAUGUGUAGUACAAGUUAUGGGUAAAAUUAGUAAACCGAGUAGAUGUUGGUGGCUAAACAAAAUUAUUUUGUAUUAACUUUUUAUCAUAUAUUUUCUUUAUACUUUUUUAUGCAAAGCACUUUGAAUGGUGUAUGAAAUGUGCUAUAUAAAAAAAACUGGCCAUGCCUUGCAUUGAACUGUAAUCCAUCCUGAAUUAACUGUGCAGGUGCACACAGUUGCAUUGUCAUUUGUUAUUUGGCUGAAGGCCUUAGCUGGCCAUUAAUAAAUUGUCUGUAUUCCAUUUUAAGAGAGAAACCAUUGUCAAACCAUAACAUCGGUGACUUGAGUUAGUUGUUUCAGUGCCAUUUGAGUAUUCUACAUGAGGUGGAUUUGAGCAUCAUUAUCACCUGCAAUGUUAAACUUGAACUUUUAAGUGUCAUUUUUCUAUUUCUUUACAGUAUAUUAUUUGGGUCAGUAUUAUUUAGCAGUUAUAUGAUGGAGAUAAAGACAUUCUAAUGCUGUGACACUGUAGUUUUGUACUGGUAAAAAAGUACACAAGUGUAUAUGUAUAUACAGGUUCCAAAAUGUAUGUAUUUCAUGUCAUCAUGUAAAAGGGCCUUUACAAUUCAAUUUACCCAAUGUAUUAUGUUGCAGCCCCUAAUAAAUGUAUUAAC